CCUGGAAUCUGUCAGUCAGUCUGCGGAAGGAACCCCAUGUCCUUAGCUCCCUGCCUACUCCUGAUGGGACCAGAGACCUGUUGUCAUUCUGUGGCCAGAACCCCACCUCCGUAGGCUACGCUGCCCGCCCCUGACUGGACCAGGAACUUCUCUCCGGGCCCUGGCGCACCUCCGCCAUGGCCUCCGACAUCCUGGAAAUGAUCCUGGAGGAUGGGCCACUCCGGAUGCUGUUCCGCGAGAUGGAGUGCAACGAGGACUGCAACGCCCUGAACGUCUUCUUCUAUGUCAAGAAGAACGAGGUAUGCACCCCGCACACGGUUGUGGCCCAGAAGAACGCAGACGGCAUCUACACCACUGACUUCGAGGGCCAGACCUCCUUCCAGUUCCACGUAUUGGAUCCCGCUAGGCUCUUCGUCUUCAUCAAUAACAUGGGGUCCAGCGGCACCACCAGCCGCCUCAGCUUCCUUGUGGUCAAAUUGAAAGUCAUAAAUGACGACCGGCUGGAGGACUACGCGAGGCUCACGGAGCAGAAUGGGAUCCCGCGGAAGUACAUCCGGCGUGUGGGCGACACAGACACCUGUCCACCCUGAGGACGCCUCCCUUGGAGAAGGUGCCAGAACGUUCUAGACCAUUCCAGAACCGCCCCUCCUGCACAAUGAUUCCUCCCCUGAUCGCCUCACCAUCUCCUCCCACCUGCGAACGCGCUAGUAUGCUCCGGAACAUUCUAGAGCAUUCUGGAUUGAUCCAAGAUGGUCUGGAUUGUUCCAGAAUUUCUAGAAAGCUUCGGAACAUUCUAGAAUCGGCCGUCCCCAGCUUUCUCUGCUUCCUGUUCAUGGAAUAAACUCAUCCCAGGCACAG